AUGACUGUCAACUCCUUAUCUACAUUGAGCCUGGCUGCAGAUGAACAGAAAGAGAAAAUUACUGAAAAAGUCAUUCUUUCAAUGACAACUCAGGAACACCACAAAGCACAAAAAGAAGUGAGCAGACUGAUUGAUGAAUUGCAGACAGCUAUCAAAAGCAACAGAGGUCAUCUCUCUAAACUUGGCCCCCAAUUACAGGCUGAGCAGGAGCAAUUCUCCUCUUAUGUGUACCAACACAUUAAAAGCCUUCCAGCAAACACUCUUUUCCCAGGAGGCCUGCAGCUCAAGAUAUUUGAAAAUGGUAAAGACACUGGGGAGAUCUCUAUUUACAUUGACCAAAAAGAUUUGAAGUCUAAUAGCCCAACUCAAACUGGUGAUAUGAUGGAAAAAUUACUUCUCAAGAUUCACCAAAGGCUUCAAGGUUCUUCCAUCAACCCAAGAGGCCUCAAUUUUUCUUCACUCCGGCUUUUCAAUGAACAUGGUCAAGAAAUUAAGAAUCCACUUUUGCUGAAGAAUGAACAAAAAAUUUGGGUCUCUUAUGGUAAAGAAUACAGGGACAAAUUUACUCAGAAAUCUAUGGAGGUUUAG